AUGUCGGCCGGCGUGGCGAAGAGAGAUGACGAGGACGAGUGGCCUCCGGAGGCGACCCUCCUCGUCACGGCCUACCACGGCAACGUCCGCCGCCUCAAGGAGAUCGCGAGGCGCCUGGACGAGGACGGGAGGGGGGUCGCUUCCACACUCCGCCGCACCACCUUCGACGGCAUGAACGCCCUCCACGCUACCUGGUCGAGGAGGUCAGGAUGGACGUCAACAAGCGUAACACCUCUAAAGGUACUAACUAGUCCACGACUGAUUCACGCAUUCCCGUUCUCUGGUAGGACCAUGACAUCCCUGCAGCAUGCGGUGUUCAGUGGGAACCUGCCUGUCGUGAGGUAUCUUCUUGAUCACCAUGCUGAUGUCCAUCAAGAAACUCAUCUAGAAUGUCGGGAAGGAAGUACUGCUCUUCAUACAGCCGCAAAGAAAGGACGGUGCGAAAUAGCAAAAUUUCUGCUUUCUAGGGGAGCUCAUGUUGAUGGCAAAUCAUGCCGAGUGACACCGCCACUACAUCUUGCUGUUCUUGGAGGACAUGAUAGUGCACUGAAGAUUUUAUUGGACCACCAUGCAGAUUUACCACGGAGCAGCAGGAGCGUCAACCCUGAGUGCAUAGUCAAGGACAUAACAUUACGAACUCCUUCCUUAUCUUGUCUGAAGCUAUUGAUUCAGGUUGGAGCUGAAGUGAAUGGCAUUGCUGGUCCUUUGGCAAGAGCUGCACAGGAAGGUUUAACUGAAGCUACUAAGCUGUUGUUGGAGGCUGGUGCAAAUCCCAACAUUCCUGACAUGUUGUAG